AUGUUUAAAUCUAAACUAUAUCGACGCUCUUGGCGGAAAAGGCGACAAGAUAAUCAGCAGAUCCUGAGAAAUCGGGUGCUCAAACGCAAGCAGCAGGGGCAGGAACAGCAGCAGGAACAGCAGCAGGAACAGCAGCAGGAACAGCAGCCCUGGCGACUAUGCGCGGACGUGCACGCCCUGUUCCAUCGCCUGAGUGAGCACAACGCCCCCGGCGAGAAAGAUAUGGCACACGCUUCUCCUAUGCAAUCCAUUACGAGGCCCGGUUCGUUGACAUGUACCAGUCCGGCGCUUCGCAAAGUUCUUUCUGAGACCCGGGCAGAACUUUUUCGCACGCGGGAUCGUCUCCGGGAGACGCAGCAGCAGGUCCGUGAACUGGAACAUGAUCGGACGAGCCUCGAGCAGGCGCUCAUGCGUGUCCUUGAGUUGGAUCAAGUCCUCCAGAAUGGGCAGACGCCAUUCCGUGCUUCCCACGUCUGGGAAACUCCACGAGAGGAUCGAUUGUUUUCACGUGUCGGGGUGGCGAGCACCCCAUGGCUGGAGCGGAGCACGGUGUGGUUCUCCCCCCGAGAACCCAACUCUGCGAAACGAGCGUUGAUCAUUCAAGAGGCCCUCGAGAAACGAUUUCCUCAGGAAAGGGCCCCUCGUGACGAAUGGGACUGUUCACCUGUUCUCCAAACGAGCGAUCUGACAGCGGACCACAUUUCUUUACCUAGGAAUGACACAUCCGCAGCAUAUGAACACUUUGCCGAUCGAUCUAUAUGA